AUGGAGAAACACGCAACUGCCAGGGGAUUUUGUCUGUGCCACUUGAUGUGUGUGUGGUAUCAGACUGGAAGGAUCGGACUAUAUUUAGGUUUCUAUAACGUGGGUUACUCGGAGCAACUGAGGAAAUUUGCAUGCGACGAGCAACUAUACGUGCAAAUAAUGGCUGUUGUUAAUUUGCUGGCCAGUUGGCUUUAUCUCUGCUGCAGUCAUCGUUGGAUCUACGACCAGUUUGUAAUCCUACUGUAUGUUCCGCUAUAUAUUUACUUUCUAAUACUGAGAAGACACCUCGCGAAGCUGUUGAAUGAAUGUGCUGGUCUACAUAAGUCGAUGCAAAUGAUAAUGGGAGAGCGAUUGUGUGCAAAGAUUCCUCGAGAAUGUAUCUAUACCCUAUUGCUAAUCAUAAUGAGUAUUCUGCGACUUCUAUGGCCGAUAAGAAUAUAUUCGGUUUACCAGAGUGCUUUUAUAUUCGGAGUCGCAUUUAUUUAUCACUUCGAGCUGCUGUUCUUUGGAAACUAUUUGAUCUGGCUCAGCUGUAUCUUCAGAUCGCUUAAUGCGUUCCUCUUGCAAGACAUGAGAAGUGAUAGAUUGCAUAUGUUGAAGGGAGCGCUGAGACAGCAAACCAAAAUUUGGCGCGUUCAUCGAACUGUGUCACGAUACUUUGCCCUGCAUAUCAUGAGCUUUAUGAUUCAGCCGGGCUUAAAAAUUUGCAUAAUAUUACAGAGUUCAGAUCAACAGAUGAAUGCUCAAAUGAUUUCCCUUAUGUUGCAUUUACUUCUAUUGGCCUUAUUUUUCAUAAUUGCUUCGAACCUACAUAAACAGCAUCGCAAGUUUCAGCAAAGUUAUCUUGUCCUUAAAGAUGAUCCCAACUAUUUUGUAUUGAAGUCUUGGCGCCUGUUGCACCAUAGAACUUUGCCAAAGGCAUUUGGAGUGACACUUUUGCGAAAGCGGGAAAAAGUUCAGUACAAACAGGAUGUUGUAACUAUGAUGUUCUCGAACAACUACCCCGUUGUGCAAUUGACCAAACAACCACUCUGUUUAACAUUUGUUGGCUUUAAAGCUAUCAGGUUUGGCAUUUCUCUUUCUAUGCUGAGGAGUUGCUUGAAAACCCACAUCCGUGAACUUUUGUUAAUGCUUGUAAUUCGUCCACUGUUCAACAAAAACGUAACUUGGCAGGACUAUGAGUCCGAUGACGAUUUGAAUGGAAAUGUUACUCAAACAAUUAGUCAAGUCUAUCGCUUUUAUUUCUAUGAUGAGUUCGAGUGA